AAAGGGCGGGGGGGACGCCGGACGUGCGCGAGGAUGGCGAGCCGGCCGAUCAGCGAGAUGGGACUGCCUAAAUCGAUCGCCAACGUCUUCGCUGCUCGCAGCAUCAAGACCGCCAAGGAUGCAUUGUCUUUAACGGAAUUCGAUCUGAUGGAGUUGGCGGACAUGGGGUUGGCAGAAGUGACAUCGGCACUGGCGCACAUUAGCGAGAGGGUGUCUCCCCCGUAUCAAACCGCGCUGUCGCUUUUAGAACAACGUAUUCAAAAUGAGCAAUUGGCAGGUCAUCUCCCAACAGGGCUCAAAGGUUUGGAUGAAGCCUUAUUCGGUGGGAUUCCCUUUGGAGUUAUAACGGAGUUGGUCGGUCCUGCUGGAAUUGGCAAAACUCAAUUUUGCCUGAAGCUCUCAUUAUUGGCAUCUCUGCCAACGCGUCAUGGAGGUUUAGAUGCCCAAGUUAUAUACAUUGACGUGGAGUCCAAAUUUAGUUCAAAAAGGCUGAUAGAAAUUGGUGCACAAAGUUUUCCUGAGAUUUUUUAUACGAGAGGAAUGGCACAGGAGCAGAUGGCUGGUCGGAUUCUUGUCUUGCGGCCAGCAUCCCUUGCCGAAUUUACUGAAAGUCUUCAGCAAAUUAAACUUUUGCUGCUGGAGCGCCGUGUGAAGCUGCUAGUAAUUGACAGCAUGGCAGCUCUCACUUCAGGGGAAUUCGAGCAUGGAGCUUCCAAGAUAAACCCAUUGGGAUGGCAUAUAUCUUUUCUUAAGUCAGUUGGUGAAUUGUCAAGAAUUCCAAUUGUAGUUACAAACCAAGUCAGAUCUCAAAGCAGUGAUGACACAUGGCGCUAUAAUUUCCAAGUGGGGACAAGACACCGAGAUUUAGAGGACACUUCCAAGUAUGAUUCCCAAUUAAUUGCUGCUUUGGGUAUUCAUUGGGCACAUGCUGUGACUAUACGUCUCAUACUUGAAACAAUAUCAGGUGAAAGGUUUAUAAAGGUGGCUAAAUCUCCUAUGUCCCCAGCGUUGGCUUUCCCUUUUAGCAUAACUUCAUCUGGGAUCUCAUUGCUGAAUGAUGAUGGAAUAGAAGUGGUGGGGCAAGAGAUAAGCACAAUACAUUGCGAUGGCCACAGUGAGAUUAUCCAUUCCGAUACUCUGCAGUUUCACAGACAGUGAUGGAUGUACAAUUGGAAGCUGAUGAUCAGUCUGCAGUCUGCAGGCAUGUCUAACAAAAAGAUGUCUGUACUCUCUGCCAUAGUGUUGGCGUGAUUUGCCAUCCAUGUAGACUUAACAGCUGUAUAAAACCAAUUAUAUCUGCAAGCAGCAUUUUUUCCCAUCUCCUUACUAUCCCUAUUUACCUGAAUCUAAGUUUAAGGGAACAGCAUGACAAAGAAAAUCACCUCUCAUGCAGAGGCAUAUUUGCUAACUCUGGUAAAUUGUGUUCCUGACAAACAAGCUAUAGAUUAGCUUGGAAAGGACUCUGGUUUUCCUAGCUAUGAAGCAUUAUCAUGUUUCGAUUUAUAAUAUGUACGUCUUUGGUAGUAACUGGAAACUUGUUAUCCUUAA